AUGGACUCAAGGAAUAGUGGUACGAAUACUGGGGGUGAUAGAGUAGAACCUUCCAGUAUAAGAGGUGGAGAUACUAAUGCAGUAUUGCGCAGCGUCACCCAGCAGGUGAUGGCUAAGAUGGCUAAGAAUCAGGGAGUGCAAACCUACCCUAUGUAUCAGACAUGUGGGAAACGACAUCUGGGAGAGUGCCGAGCUGAGAGAGAUUUCUGUUAUCAGUGUGGGAGACUCGGUCACAUGGCACAAGUAUGCCCAAGACCGCCGAUCCAGGUUCCAGCUCUCAGACCCUACCAUAAGGGUUAUCAAACGCCUUGUGGAGGCCAGCAAAGGAAUAUAGCUCUGACGAGGGUAUAUGCAUUGAUGUCAGGAGAUGCUGAGGUAGUUGGAGACGUUGUCACAAGUAUCUUUGCAACUUUCCUAUAUCAAGCUGUUGUUUUAUUUGAUACAGGUGCCACCCAUUCUUUUGUCUCAACGGGGUAUGCUAAAUUAGCUAAGAUUGAAGCAUAG